AUGCUUUGUUUUAAAAUCAUAAUUGUAGGAGAUACUAGUAUAUUAAAUUAUGCUAAUAUUUGUUAGAUGUGGGUAAAAGUUGUCUGCUAUUAUAAUUUACGGAUUAAAGAUUCAAAAAUGCUCAUGAUACUACAAUUGGUAUAGGUUUUGGCUCUAGAGAAAUUAGAAUAAUGGAUCAAAAUGUGAAUCUACAUAUUUGGGACACUGCAGGAUAAGAGUCUUUUCGUUCUUUGACUCGUUCUUUUUAUAGAGGGUAUGAUACCAUAAAUUUUAAGAGCAAUUGGAGGAAUUCUUGUUUUUGAUGUUACAAGCAGAUUAUCAUUUUAAGGAUUAGUUUAAUGGUAUGAGAAAAUACAAAGUUAUGCUUGUGAUGAUAUUGAACUCAUUAUAUUGGGAAAUAAAACAGAUCUUGAAGAAUAGUAUAUAUUGAUUAAGUAACAAAGACGUCAAGUGUCGUAAAAAGAGGGAAUGCAGUUUGCUAAAUAGUAUAAUUUUGAGUAUUACGAGACUUCUGCUAAAACUGGAUUAAAUGUCAAUUUGGUGUUUGAAAAUUUGACUAAAAAAAUUAUAGAAAAAGUUAAUUCUGGAGAUAUUGAUCCUAGUAAAGAAGUAAAUUUGAAUAUUUAAUUUUAGAAUUAUGGAAUUAAAAUUAACAAAAAAUUAAAUAAAUCAAAGGAGGAAUAAAAAUUAGAAAAUACUUAAUUAAAUAAAUAAAAAAAUAAUACUUGUUGCUGA